AUGGCAGGUGAUCUCACUUAUGUGGACGUGGCAACGCUACCCAAGGAAAGACCACAUGCCCCUUCUCGGACAUCAGCUCCAGAAAACACGGUCACAUAUGCUGAGCUACGUGUGAAGCCGAGACCCAAGAGGAAGAGCAGUUCAGAGACUUCUGCUUCUGGCUGCUGGCACAGACGCCCGGUCUGGUUCUAUGUGGUGCUGAUCCUGGGAGUCCUUGUGCUCAUCCUGCUGGGUGUCAUUGCCAUACUGGCCAAGCAACUUUCUAAAGGCAGAGCAGGAAAAUCAGAAAGUUUGUCCCAGCAUGAUAUAAACAGCACUGUUGACCACAUUUCUUCAGAGAAAGCUGUCUUGGUGCUUCAGCUGAAAUGGCUCAUGGAGGAACUGUGUGAAGAUCGACAGAGAGCAAAAUGUGAGCUGUGUCCUCCAGGGUGGCAACUACACAGAGGGAAAUGCUACUAUUUCUCUGAGGAGGCUGUAAACUGGGAUGACAGCCAGAGAAAGUGUCUGGCCAGGAAAUCCCAGCUUCUUGUCAUUGAAGAUGAUAUUGAGAUGGAAUUCAUAGACAAUAAAGAGAAGGAUACCAAAUAUAUCUGGAUUGGGUCAAAGAUUCAAGACGUGAAAGCACAAAGGAGUUCAGUUGAAAAUCCUGGAGUAAAAAAAAAAAGUUUAGAGACUGACAAGAACUGUGCUGUUUACAGAAGAAAACAAGUGUUCCAAGAUAACUGCCAGACUUUAAACAAGUGGAUCUGUAAGAAGAAUGCAACUUUGUUGGUCCUCUAA